AUGACUGAAACAAAUGAUAUGCAUUUGGUGAUCGACCCAACUAUACGCAAUUGGGUUUUCAUUCCAAUUGUGAUUAUAACGUUUGCAGUUGGGCUUCUUCGCUAUUAUUGCGUUGCCCUUUUGGUGUCGGGAGACAAACAAGAUCUGCAGCAGAUCACAGAUGGCCAUGCCAUGAUGCGUGCCCGUCUUUUGAUUAAGAAUGGAAAAUAUCUGCCAAGAGACUCGUUUUUAAUGCGAAAGGAUUUCUUUGUCAACGAGGAAACUGGCUGCUUAACAAAAAUCAUUAAAUCCCAACAAUUAGGAAACGUACAAAUGACGAUGAUGCAAUCCUUUCAAACUCGGAUGAUAGAACUAUUGCCAAUGGUAGUAAUAGGGAGUUUCAUAGAAAAACUGCUUUCAGGAUUUGUUGUUGCUAAGAUACCAUUUCCCGUCACGUUGAAUUUUAAAAAACUCUUGCAACCUGAAAUACAUGUGAAAGCAAUUGAUACUUGUUGGAUAUCAUCGCUUGCAUG